AUGUUGUUGAAACAGUGCGAGACAUUACUAAAUCGUUUGAUGGCACAUCAGUUCGGCUGGAUUUUCAACACUCCUGUUGAUGUGGUGAAAAUGAACAUACCUGAUUAUUUUACUGUCAUUAAACAUCCUAUGGAUUUGGGUACAGUAAAGAGCAAGAUUGUUUCUGGUGAAUAUUCGAGUCCAUUGGGAUUUGCUGCAGAUGUGCGACUUACUUUCUCAAAUGCAAUGAAGUAUAACCCGCCUGGAAAUGAUGUCCAUUUCAUGGCCGAGACCCUCAGUAAAUACUUUGAAGUUAGAUGGAAAGUUAUAGAGAAAAAGCUUCCUGUUACCACUGAUGUGGAAUCAAAGCCAUCAAGAGCUGACGUGUGUACAGAGAUGGAAACAACUAGUAUUCCACCUUUGAAAAAGAAGAAAAUUACACCGAGUGACAAUAAGGUCAAGACAGAAACUGUCAGGCGGGUCAUGACUAAUGAGGAGAAGCAGAAGUUGAGCACAGAGUUGGAGGCAUUGCUGGGUGAAUUGCCUGAAAGCAUUAUUGAAUUCCUAAAAGAGCAUAGUGGUAAUGCUGGCCAGACUGGCGAGGAUGAGAUUGAGAUUGAUAUCGAUGCUCUCGGUGAUGAUACAUUGUUCAACUUACGGAGACUCUUAGAUAAUUAUCUGCUGGAGAAGCAGAAAAACCAAUCAAAAGCUGAACCAUGUGAAAUGGAGAUUAUUAAUGAGCCAGGGAUUAGUAAUUCAUCAUUGCAACCAUGCAAAGGCAAUGAUACUGUUGAAGAAGAUAUAGAUAUUGUUGGUGGAAAUGAUCCUCCUAUUUCUAGUUACCCUCCAGUAAAGAUAGAAAAAGAAGCAGCCAAUAAGAACAGUAAAUAUAGCAGUCCAAGUACCUCCAAUAGUGAAUCAGGCUCAUCUUCGAGUGGUAUACAUGUUGAUGGUUCUCUGAAAACACUAGAUACCACACUUUGGAAAGGUUCACUGCAGCUGGUGUUUUUGUUUUCAAGAAGUGAAUAUGAAUCCAAAGGGCAUCCUUUAGCAUUGAACUAUUCAGAUUCUGGCAGUGAAUCUGGUAGUGAAUCUGAUGCAGUUAAAGCGUCUGGUCCCAUUAAUGUUGCUGAGGGGAAAAUGGAACCUGGAGAAAAUGCAGACCAAAAGAGAAGUGAUCUUGGUGAUUCAGAUGUUGGAAAUCGUAAGUUUCUAGGUUUUGUUACAUAUUAUGCUUGUUCUAGGGUUCCUAGAGUUUGGUUUGGCCAAAUUUAUUCUGAAGUGCUGCUUGCUAUGCCUCGUUCAGAAUCUAUAGAUGGAUGGACCCAAGUUGAGCUGGAUACUGAGGGUAAGCCAGUUGCAGCUGAGGCAGAUGGCCACCAAGAGGAGGCAAGUCUCCCCGAAAAGCUCUAUCGUGCAGCUUUGUUGAGGAACCGUUUUGCUGACACCAUACUUAAAGCUCGAGAAAAAGCACUCGAAAAGGGUGAAAAGCGUGACCCUGAGAAAUUGCGGAAGGAAAAGGAAGAAUUUGAAAGAAGGCAAAAGGAAGAAAAAGCUCGGUUGCGGGCAGAAGCCAAGGCUGCUGAAGAGGCUCGAAGGAAAGCUGAAGCUGAAGCUGCUGCUGAAGCAAAAAGGAAGAGAGAACUAGAAAGAGAGGCUGCACGUCAGGCAUUGCUACAGAUGGAAAAGACUGUUGAUAUCAAUGAGAACAGUCAGUUUAUGGAAGACUUAGAAAUGCUUAGGACAGCCCAUGAUGAGCAGCUUCCAAGUUUCAUAGAGGAAACAAGUCCAGACCUUUCUCAAAAUGGUUUAGGUAGUUUCAAGCUUCAGGGAAGUAGUAACCCAUUGGAGCAACUAGGAUUAUACAUGAAGGAAGAUGAUGAGGAGGAAGAGGAAGAAGUGGUUGAACCAAUCCCAAGUGUUUCAGAGCGAGCAAAAGAUGUUGAGGAAGGAGAAAUUGAUUGA